GACAGAGAGGAAAAGAAGGAUGAAGAGAGCGGUGGUGAUUCUGACAGUCGCCGUAGCGCUUUAUUAAUUUAUUACCCAGGGCCGCUGCGUUUUGAUUGAAACCAUAGCUGCUGCUUCUUCAGAUUCUUAUCAGCGAUUGCGGAAUAUACAUUGAACGAUCGGACAUCGCAGAAACCAUAAACAAACAACAACUGCUAUUGUGUCUUUAAAAAGGGGAUGCGAUCGCCGCUGUCUCACCGUGUUGAGAUGUCCGGAUGAAAGCAUAAUCGAGAUCUGCAUCGCCUAGGAGGGGCUCUCCGCCGCUACUCAGCAGGAAACGCAUCGAUCGCCGGGUUCUGUGUGGGUGUCUCUGUGAGGGCCAGGCAGAAUGGAGGCCCCGCUGGUGAGUCUGGAUGAGGACUUCGAGGACCUGCGCUCCUGCAGGGUGGAGGAGCUGGACCCGCCCCCGCCCCUGCCGCUGCUACGGCCCUGCGGAAAUGCCCCGCCGCCCCACGAGGACUUCUCCGAGCUGGACAACUUCUCAGAGAUGAUGAGCUUCAAGUCCAUGGAGGACCUGGUCAACGAGUUCGACGAGAAGCUCAACGUGUGUUUCCACAACUACAACACCAAGACAGAGGGCCUGGCGCCCGUGCGCAACCACACGCACAGCGAGGAAGAUGAGGAGCGUCUCCAGGAUGAAGAGGUGUGGGAUGCUCUGACCGAUAACUACAUGCCCUCCUCUGGCUCUGGCUGGGAUGAUGAUGAUGAUGAUGAUGACUCGGACACACUCCACGGCAGUUUCUCCGACCAGGAGAUCCAUGAAAAAGAGGAGGAUGAGAUGAACGAGAAGAAUGAGCAUGCAAACUUUGCCAAUGAGGAACCACUCAUCACAGCCGAUCAGGUAAUCGAGGAGAUUGUGGAGAUGAUGGAAAACUCCCCAGACCCGGGUGAAACCGAAGAGGAAGAGGAAGAGGAGAGUGUGGGCUCCACCCCCCAGACAAACCCCUCCCUCCUAGAGGAGAUCAGACUGCUGUCUCAGGCCUCCAACAAUAACUGCUCCUAUGAAGGUCUCAGCCUGAUGCCCAGGUCGGUGCUGGUGGAGCUGUUGUCCCGGGUGCAGACGGCCAUCGAGGAGUUCUCAGAGGAACUGGUGACGCAGCUGGCCACGCGGGAGGAGCUGGAGUUUGAGAAGGAGGUGAAGAACACCUUCAUCACCGCCCUGAUGGAGGUGCAGAACCGGCAGAAGGAGCAGAGGGACCUGAGCAGGAGGAGACGCCGGGACAAGGGCGGGGCUCCGCAGGGGACGGCCCGCACCGAGAAGGCCAGCUCUAUGCCUGUGAAGCGUUUCAGCAUGGAAGGCCUCUCCAACAUUCUGCAGGCAGGAAUCAGACAGACAUUCUGGAACUCAGGAACAGACAAACAGUAUUUAAACACCGUGAUCCCGUAUGAGGAGAAGGGGACGCCUCCCACUGUGGAAGACCUUCAGAUGCUGACAAGAAUUCUUUAUGCAAUGAAGGAAGACAGUGAGAAGGUUCCUACCUUACUAACUGACUACAUCUUGAAAGUGCUGUGUCCUACCUGAGGCAGUGUUUGGGUGGUGGAGAGCCGAGGCGAACCCGUCCAUCCUGCCUGUUCUCCACGUCCAGUCUUGGCUGCAUGAGUUGCCCAUCCAUAACUAAUGAUGUGUCACUGUAUCUAACCAUCCUUCCUCACACAGCGAGACCCUGAACAAAACUGUCCUCCCCAUCUGACUUUGGCAUGCCUGUCACCCCAGAGUCACCCGGGCAUGACAUACUCACAGUGUUAAGCUGUUUGGACAUUUAUGCAGUUAUCAGGCCUUCAGAUAGUCCUCUGAAAGCCUACUUUUUUGCUGGUAUUAUUGUUAUU